ACUUUGGCCCUCCCCCCCGGCCCACCCGAUUGUCUCGCGCCGCCCCCAAACCACCUCAUUUUCUCGCCCCUACUGGUCGCACAUUUCCCCUACCCAGCCCUCUUCUUUCUCAGCCCAGCCCACCUCGUUUCUUCCCCCAGCCCGCGUCUCCCUCUCAGCCUAUCCGAUUCUCCCGCCCCUCCCCUCCCCCUCGGCCCACCUACCACCUCUCGCCCCUCCCCGCAGCUCACCUACCCCUAUCGCACCCACUUGCCAGAAUUAA